AUGGAGGUAGAGGUCCCUCGUCCCACCGCAAUUGACAGCAUCUUCGUAUACCUCCAAAGAAACUAUAUCAACGUGGUUGCCAAGUACAAUCAAGACGGCGGUUGGGAGCCCUGGCUACAAAGUGAGCUCGUCGACUAUAUCAAGGCGAAUGGUAUUGGGACGCAGCGUUAUGCUGAGAGAGAAGAACAUAUAUGGGGCGCCCCCUACGCUGCCGAUAAGGUAGACAUCCUGACGAGCUAUCAAAUUGAAGGCCAAAGUCAUGUUGAGGCCAUCGAGCUCAAGUGCGCGUCGACCCGCCAGGAUGAAAAGCCAGGAAACUUGGCGCAGCGGAUGCAGGCAGACAUCCGGAAGUUGCAGAACCGGCAGCAAUACGUGAAGAAGUUCGUGAAGGCGGAUCAGCAGCUCAUGUAUGGCGUGUCCUUCGGGAUUACGCUAGACGAAUCGUCGGCUCAGGCUACCGAGGAGGCCCUGCUGAAUUUCCCUGGUGAGAGCCUUAUUUCGCGAUGGGAUUGGGGCCCCAAAGGGGGCAGUGCCGUGGGCAAAACAAUUACAGUUUGGUCAUAUUGGCUCUAUCAAUGGAGAUGA